CUACAUGUCGCAGAACGUACCUGAUGAAGCUUAAAAUUGUAGUGGAUUUUUUCAGAAAGCUCCCUUCACUUGAAUUGCAUUCAAAUUGCUUAUAAAUGGGAAAAAUGAAGACGAUAAAAUGUGUGGGUUAUUGAAGGUAUUCAGGAAACAAUCCUGACAAAGAUAUCCUUCCGACGCCGGUGAAAAGAAUCUAUUCAAUAUUUGGCACCUUGCUUCAUAUUGGAAAACAUUUUCCGCACACUUGACAUAAAUUGAGAUGGCGUCUGAGCAACCUAAACGUCAAGAAAAUGAUCCGAAGGAAAUCAAUCCUUUCCAAGUGCAAGAAGAGGCAAAAGAGGCAGCUAAGGAAGCGUUUGCAGCCCAGCAGCAAGCAGAAGAGGUAAUCAAGCAAGCUUAUGCUAAUCAAGUAGAAGCUCGAGAGAAAACUCAAAGGGCUGCGCAGCAAGUUCUUGCACAGCAGGAAAGUGGAAAGCAAGCUGCAACUGUUGCUGCUCGGGAGGCGACUGCAGCAAUCGUUGAAGAGCAGAAAGCUGCUGCCCAGAAGCAGAUAGAUCAAACUGCUCUGACAGCACAAAUGUUGGGCGCUCAAACAGCCCAGCAAUCCAUGGCCUCAUCUCAAAUGGCUGCUAAUAAAGGGUUUUCUCAGGGAAAUGUGCCUUCUUUCCAACAGCCUACAGGCAUCACUGCAGACCAACAAGAGUUGCUAGGACUUGCCAAUCAGAUGGCUUCAGCUGCUGCAACUCGAAUGUACACUGCUCAUACUUUAGCAUCUACCACUCAAGAUCCACAAGCUCUAAUGGCUGCCAAAAGUCAAGCAGAUGUAGCUCAGAAUCAAAUGGCUGAAGCACAAAGAAUAUCUCAAGCGGCACAGACCCCUGCAACUGCAAUGCAAGCUCUUGCUAGCAUUAGGCAAUCUUCUCUGCAAACAAACCAACAACUACUCUCAGGGACAGGCUCCCAAUCCACCGAAACCAUGCAGAUGUAAUGUUGUUGUCUGAUAAGUAAUGUAUAAUGGAUUGACUGAUGUAAUAAGACUCUGUACUUAUUGAGGUACUGUAGAAGAUGAUAGUAUAAGCUUCCUGACCAUUCAUCUACAUGUGCAUAACUUAUUGUAUAGUGCAUAAUUGGUUCUUUUAACUGUUAUCCAAUUACAAAUUAUGGUA